AGGGGAAAAAAAAACCAACAGAGGCAAUACCCGAUCAAAAUACUCGUACUAAUAUACCUCCAUCGAAGAAGAAGAAGGAAGAGGAGAUCCAUAAUAGAUGAAAGGCAGAGCGAAGUUCCCCAGAACCAAGUUUGGGCCACCCACUGCUUUCCUCCUCUGCUUCCUUUCCUUCCUCGCUGGAUUCUUUUUCUCUAAUCUCCUCUCCCAGGAUGUCCCGGGAGUACGGCCCGGCUCGAGAGUUCUUGAAUCGGUCGGAAACGACGGCGGCGGUGAUUUGAUGCCGUUCGGAGAGACUGGAGAUAGUUCUUUUCAAGUGAUUCCGUUUCAG